AUGGAGAUAAUGGCAACAAAGACAUCAAAGCCAUGGGGUACAUCCUUGUGCAGUGUGAAGGAAACUAUGUACUUUCCCAAUAACGUACGAGAAUUAGAUACAUAUAGAUGUGGAUUAAGGGGUACAAAGUUGUGGACACUAAGCUUAAACUAAUCACUAUCCUAUCCAUUCUACCUUAAUCAAAGCUGUGGACACUAAGCUUAAACUAAUCACCAUCCUAUCCAACCUUCCUUAGUUUCCUGCUACCAAAGGUCGCAGGAAAUUUAAAAAAAAAAUUAAAACCCGUUGAGUUGGCACAGCCAGCCUUUUAGUACAGAUACCAAAGAGUUAGAACGGAGCUGUUUGUUUCGAAGAUCGUGGCUACAUAUGAAACAAAAGUGCUUAUACAUCUAGAUAAGUAAUGAUAUAGACUUUUUUGUUUUAUUUUGCUGUUGACCCCAUUUUAAUGUGCUCUGUCCAAGAGAGCUCCUGAAUUUUUUGUUCUCGUUGACUUUAUGUUUUCUUUUGUUUUCUUUAUUCAAAUCAUUGUUUUAGCGAAACUAGACAGUAUUAAAGCCCUGACUCGAGCUUCCUUAGGGUCUUAUUUUGUGGAACAAAUGGGUGAUUUUUCAUGCAGUCUUAGUAACUAGUCUGCGUAGCAAGCGGUUUGGUUGGCAAGCACCUGAGAAAGCUACCUACGGAAACUUAACUGAGAAUUGCCUCUUCUAUUUUGAUAUCCCUCUAUUUCACUGGUUGGUAGUUUCUCAGGUAUUGCUAUCAUCCAUGUAACAUUCUUGAAUAUAAUUCUUCCCAAUCAAAAAUUUCUCCAGUAGGGAAUGCGCCAAUUUUGUUGUAUAUAACGUUAAGAACUCUCUGUUGUAAGUAAGAUACAUAAUAAUUAAUAACGGUAUAAAGAAAAAAUCGUCAGAAGAAUUUGUGGUGACGUUGUCCCCAUAAUAAUUAAAGAACUUCAUACUAUUAAAAAAAGAAUAGCCCGCUUAUUUAAACGAGAUCUAACCCAAACCGCGGUUUUCCGCAAGCAGUGUGCCUCGGUGAUUCUCCAUAAGAGGGUUGAUUUCAUUUAAACAGCUGUCCGUCUACUUUUAGGUAUCGGCCUGUUGACACUGUUCACAAAAAAAUUGAUUCUUAGAUAAAAGGUUCGGCUAAAUUGAAGAAGGCUUAGAACGCGGUUUUGUUAAAUGACGACUAGACCUUGUUUAAAUAACCGGCCCUAAAUCUCUGAGCUUCUCCUAGAGGAAUAUUUAUUUAUAAUAGAUGUUUCUUGUGAUUAAUAAGGCAAUGAUUUAUCGAUGAAAUUAGAAUUAGAAUCUAUUAGAAGAUUGCAGACACCCGCCAUCCAAACCACACAAUUUUUCAACGACACAAAACGGUAUGUAUUUAUAACGGGUUGUAACUUAUCUAAGUAUAAAAAUCACAAUUUCUUAAUUGUGAUUGGUUUAAACAAAUUAUUUUCUACUAAUUCACUUGCCAAUUUGUUAUCGGACAGCUUGUUAUCGGACGGUUCAAUAAGCCAAUCACAUUCAAAGUUUUAGUUGAAAUCAACCAAUCACAACCUUGGUUUCCUUUGUCAAUUUUUAAAUGCAAAAUUCCUCUCUCUUCCACACCUUGCCUAUUCACGUUUCCUCGGAUAUCGUAACUAUUUGUUCAGUCAUUUUGCAAUAAUUUUUUUAAUUCAAAGUUGCACUUUUGAGCAAAGUUUUCAGUAUAGAAGCUAA